AUGGGUGAAUCGGCGGCUGCACGGCUGGACCAGUGCAGUGGGGAAGAUGCUACCGGACCAGCGAGAAGAAUGGACUGUCUCGCGCAGGUCAUAAGUGAAAUCCACAGGCAGUGGGACGCGCGGUCUCAAGAACUCCCUCCGCGGUCCCUGGGGCUGGACCUACCAUCAGAGGGAGGGGAGCGAGCGUGGUCGUUCUGGCAAGGGCUAGCAGAGGAGGUGCGGAACGCCGCUAUAACAUCAGAGCCCGAAGCGGCUGCAAAAAUGCGGCCACCACACGUGUUCAAAAAUGGCGCCGAACCUCGUGAAGAUGGGAGGGGCGCUGACGCGGGUGGCGGAAAUGCAGAAGGCUCGCUGAACACCACAGGCGCGGGCAGGGCUGAUCAGUGGGAUCAAAAAGACGGUGGGUUCAGAUCUACAGGACUGCCGCAGGUCUACUGGACCAUGAACAUCUCUGAUCAGCGCCCUCAAAUGGUGUGCACCCUGGCACUGGCAGGAGCCAACCCGCCUCAGAUUCAGCUCGGAGUAAAGCACCAGGGUACAGGGUUACAACACCCCGCUGGAUGGGACAUUUUGGUCAUCAAUUUGAAUGACUGUUUUUUUGCAAUCCCUUUGUGUCCUGAAGACAGGCCAAAAUUCGCUUUCCAGGUACCUGCAGUGAACAAUUCUGAGCCAGGUCAGAGAUAUCAGUGGAAGGUUUUGCCACAGGGUUGUCGUAAUAGCCCGACUAUUUGUCAGUGGUAUGUGGCUCAGGCCUUGUCUGGAGUUCAUGAGCAGUUUCUUGACGCGUAUUUUUAUCACUAUAUGGAUGACAUUUUGGUAGCCGCUCCUACUCAGGAGGGACUGCUGAGGAUAGAACCUCAGCUGCUCGCUGCCUUAUGCUGUUAUCGACUGCAAGUGACUCCAGAGAAGGUCCAGCAGCAACCGCGCUGGAAAUAUCUAGGGGUCAAGAUCCUAGAUCAAACGAUCCAGCAUCAAGAGGUGCAAUUCACAGAUUCUAUUAAGACUCUCAAUGAUGCUCAGAAAUUACUGGGUGUUAUUGAUUGGUUGUGUCCUUACCUAGGAUUGACCACAGAGCAGUUGUCCCCACUUUUUGAUAUCUUAAAAGGAGACACUCACUUGGAUUCACCUCGAACAUUGACCCCCCGAGGCACGACAAGCGCUGUAGAUGGUGCAGCGAGCUCUUUCUACUCGUCAGAUAUAUUGAGUAGACCCUUCCAUUGAUAUCACUGUGUUCAUCAUCAAUCCAGAUUUCCAUCCUAAAGGCAUC